UAUUUGACAGUUUGUUGUGCUUGGAGCUGCCAUAUAAAUAGUAUUUACUAGUUGUCUUUCAUUUUUGUUUAAACUAUUAGAACUUUGAUGAUGAUAUUAAGCAUUAAAUAUAAUUAAGAAAAAAUUAAACAACUCGACGUUUUUUAAAAUAAGUGUUUUUUUGUGGAAUAAUUACAAGUGACGUCAGAUUAAGUCCUUUGUGAUGUAAAUGACGCAGUUGUGUUUUGAAAUGUUAAUUUUUAUUUGAAACUGGGAAAGAUCUCUAUGAAAUGUCUUCAGAAUCUGCAAGUCGUUCACCAUCACAGACUAGAUCCAGUGGAUCUAAUACUGUGACACCGCAGCAAGUGACUGACCCAACUAUAUUAGACAGUGUCGCUGGAUUCAUAAACGAGGUUGUCCCGGCCACAUAUAGCGGACCCUGCGAUUCCAAAGACCAAAUACAAUGGGCCCGUUUCGAACAAAUAGAAUUGGAUCAACAAAUAUAUUCUGAUUACGAAUAUGAUAAGAUUGCACCGUCAGUAAUAAUUUUAAUUCUAGGAUACACUACAGGAAUACAGAUAUGGGCAAUACCAGCUACUGGAGAGGCUACAGAAAUAUUGUCAUGGAGGCAUGGAUCUGUUCGAGUAUUGAAAAUAUUACCUACUCCUUCCUAUGUUGGUUUCACAAAGAAUGAAGAUGUAUUUAAGACAAAAAGGCCUCUUAUAGCACUUUCUGAUAAUUCUACACCAGGUCCACAUUUUAGUUCUAUAAACUUUUUAUCUUUAAAGACAGGAGAACAGGUGAAAGUUAUAAAAUUCAAAAAUCCAGUCUUGGAUGUUUUGGCUAACAAACAUUCUGUUGUCGUAACGUUUCAAGAAAAAAUAGCAGUAUUUGACGCAUUUACUCUUGAAGAUCGACUAACUGUCACAACAUGUUACUUAAGUCCUGGAUUACAACCAAAUCCAGUUACUCUUGGUACAAGAUGGAUGGCUUAUGCUGAGAAAAAGUUAAAUCCAUCAAAACGUAGUAGUGGUGGUAAUGAUGGAGAAGGUGUUCAUAGCUACACAGCUACUGUCAUUCAAGCUGCAAAAUCUUUGGGUAGGGGAUUAAGGGAAUUAGGUGAAAGUGUUGCUAGUAGUUUAACAGGAAAUACAAACUUUAAACCAGGCACCUCUCCAAAUAGCCCACAAGCCGGAGGCCUAUCUGAUAUUCCACAAAAGGGCAUUGUAACAGUUUUAGACAUUGAGAAUACGGUUGCACAAAGUAAAGAGAAAUCUAUCCAUAUAGAUGCCGUAGUAGCACAUUUCACUGCCCACACGGAAGCCAUAGUCUGUUUACAGUUUGAUCCGAGCGGAAUGCUACUUUUGACGGCUGACAAACGUGGUCACGAUUUUCACCUAUUCAGAAUACAGCCCCAUCCAGGUGGUCCUGCAUUGGCCGCUGUACAUCAUCUUUAUGUUUUACAUAGGGGAGAUACAUCUGCCCGAGUGCAAGAUAUGUGUUUCUCACCAGAUUCUCGAUGGGCGACUGUUUCGACUAUCAGAGGAACGACGCACGUGUUCCCGGUAACGCCCUAUGGUGGUAACGUGGGCGUGCGGACACAUGCUACUCCCCACGUGGUUAACAAGAUGUCUAGGUUUCACAGAUCUGCAGGUUUAACAGUGGAUGGAAGAUCCAAUAGUCCAGUUUCUGCACUUGAAGCACCGGUGAACUCGCAUUAUCCUUAUCACAACCCAAGGUUUCCACCGUUUCCACAUCCAACUGUAGUUCAUCCACUUGCUCAAAUCAGACAACCGGUUAACAUGCCGAAUAUGGGAAAUGUUCCCCAAAGAACUCAACCAGGAAGGCAAAGGCUAUCUUCAUCGUCUGAAGACAAUAUUGCCCUUCGGGUUGUGGCUUGCUUCGCUCCACCGAGAGCUUGGAUUGAUAUGCCUCCAAGAGAGACAACAAUAAACAAACAGUCGAAACCCGUAGAAUCCCUGUUCAUCAUGUCUUGCUAUGGGAUUCUCGUUCAAUAUGAUCUCGAACCGCACCAGUCCUCAAGUGUUCCCAAAGAAAAAGUAUGUAGUGAUACCCCUAUUGAAUUGGCUGUGAGUGCCAGAGCACAAUGGUUAGUACAAAGGCAGCCUAAUUCCCCAGAACUCCCCCUACCCAUGACUCAGGAGAACCUUCAUUUCUUUGCUCAAGAACUGCCACAGAAGAAAAAUAAACCUAAUCACAACGAUGAUCAGUGGCUGUCCCAGGUGGAGAUAGUUACACACGCAGGACCCCAUAGGAGGUUGUGGAUGGGACCUCAGUUCACUUUUAAAACCUACACCACCACCACCGGAUCUCCAAUGUCAUUGACGGAGGCUCAACCCAUCGAUCUCGGACAUUCAAAGCCAGUAAAUAUGCCGAUUACCAAAGCUAACGCAGUUUUAAUAGAAUCAAGUUCAGCAAGUAGUUGCGAACAAUCAUUAUUAGAUACAUAUCAGAGAACUUUUGAGGAAGUGGGUGGUGCUGGUGAACUACAACUCAAGGAGGACUUAGCAGAUGCCAUGCUGGAAUCACCCGGGAUUAGAGAAACAGGUGGUCGUUGCGUGAUAGUUCAAAUGAAACCGGCCGUUGCCAAGGUAGUGAAUCCGCUUGGUACUGUAGUUAAUGUUCAUUCUGAUGAUGACACAGAUGUGGAGAUUUGCGAAGAUAUAAUUAUCCACGAAAAUUGUGACGAGGCCUUGUUUCGUCCGAUGGUAGUGCCAAAAGUUCUUCCACAUCAUGAGAGAACUAAAAGAUACGGCGAUCAAAUUAUUACCAAAAGCCUCGAAUCAACAACAGAAGUUGCUGUUAAAAUACUUAAAAAAAAUUCAAAGUCACAAAAAAGUCAAUCACCGGAAUUAUUGUCACUUGAAAAACGUAAAUUUAAAGAAAAAGCAAAGGUUGAAAAUAGUAGAGAUGUUGAACAGAAAAGCACAAUUAAACCUUCAAAAUCUAAAGCAAAAUCCGAGUCUAAGGUAAAAAUUGAUAUUUCAGAUCCAUUUAUCGAUAUGCCCGAUUUUAAACCUGUGACAGAAUCAAAAAGUUUAAAGGAAGCCGCCAAAAUUCCGAUUCCAGAACCACUGAAGGAAAUUGAUACUACUCUAAGUAGUAGUAAUAAGGAUUUUCAUUUUGAAUUGCAGUCGUUGGAUAACGAAGAUUUCUUUUCGCUAGAAAAUGUUUCAAGAGCGGACGAAUUUGAGAAUGUUGGAGAAUCUAGUGAAAAUUUAACAACUGCUUCAAGUAAAGUAAAAAGUAAAUCAAAUAAAUCAAAAUCGAACAAAGAAAAGUUCCAGUGUUUUGAUGAUUCGUCAACAAAUACUUCUGAGGAUACUGCAGCAGAGGAAAAAUCUGUUCCCAAGAAAGCAAGAAAACCAAAGGCCAAGUUGGGAGUAAAAAUUGCAAGCAUAAGUAAAGACAACAUUAAAACUGAAAAAACUGCAGACGAUUGUUCAGCGGAAAUAACACUCCCAGCUCCUACUAAGAAAUCUUGGAGUAGUGUAGCUGCCUCAAAACCUGUUGUGGAGCAAAUAUUUAUCGAUUCUGUAGAGAAAGAUCUGAGUUUAGAUCUUCCAAAAAUAGAGUUUGUUGAGGAAUUUACUUUACAACUUCCUAAAAAGUCUAGCACUCCAAGUGUUGUGGCAGAUCUUAUAGACAUUAAUACACCUCAGGAAGAAAAAGCUAAGAGGGAGGAAAGCGGUGACGAUAUAGAAGAAAUAAUUUGUGGAAAUUUAGAUCUACUGAAAAUAGAGAAGUCUUCUGACGAUGAAAAAGGCGAUACUAGCAGUUCACCUGCAGAAAUUACCGAAAGCGAUGAUUCUGGAAAAAAUCCAAACAUUGAAACGGUUUUUGAAGAUUUACUAAACUCUACCACAGUGGUUCCUACUUCCAAAUCUUCUCGAAGAAAGAAGCGGAAGAAAUAAUUUUGCAGUAUUAGGGGGAGAACAGUCAGCAUCAGAUUGCAUAUGUAGAGAUAUAGAAGAUUUAAGUUCGGCCAGUAGCUUCAGUUCUGCAAGUCGGGCG